GUAAUGUUGGCAGCGCCGGGUAACCUCGUUUCCGCGUGUCUAGCGCCUAUUGUGACAGCUGUCAUAGAGAAAGAGUUAAUGCUGGUUCGCCGUGUUCGUGCCAGUCGCGCAUAAACAACCCUAUCGCCACGACCAGCCACGACCGUCCCGCGAAGCAGCCUCGACUUUGCGCUUCGUCUCGACCCGCGACCGAAAUAGUUUUCAUUCUCGGCGUCUCGAACGACAACACACACGGUGAAGGAUGACAAUGGGCGAUGAGACCCCGGUUACAUCACUGGUUCUUCCCGUCAUAUUAAGGCCAAUAUUAACCAAGUUGGAGAGGCAAAAUGUCAUGGCAGCGCAGACCCUACGCGCGGCUCUCUCAAAAGCAGAGAGUUCGCAUCCUGGGAUUACGUACGACUUGAUUAUGGGCAUAAUACGCAGGGCAGAGCUGAAUCUUGAUAUGAACGAGAGUGUCUUACGAUUGCAAGGUGCUGCUUCUGAUUACGAUGUUGUGGAGUAUCGUUCGGCGCGUUCAGAAGACGCAUUUCAAGAACUGAAUCGUAAAUCGACUUCCUUGAAAAGAAUACUUAGCAGAAUUCCCGAUGAGAUCACGGACAGGAAGACUUUUCUAGAGACAAUCAAAGAAAUUGCGAGUGCAAUAAAGAAACUAUUAGACGCUGUGAACGAAGUUACUGCAUUUAUACCCGGUUCAACUGGUAAACAAGCCUUAGAUCAACGCAAGAGAGAAUUUGUGAAAUAUAGUAAAAGGUUCAGCAAUACAUUAAAGGAGUACUUCAAGGAAGGACAAGCAAACGCAGUAUUUGUGAGCGCAUUGUACCUGAUACAUCAAACAAAUAUGAUUAUGCUCACAGUAAAGGACAAAUGUGAGUAAAUAAUUUUACAAUGAAUUUCCAGUGUUGUAUGUGAUAAUAUCACGAGAGUCAGAUAAACCAUAAAUAUUAUUACAAUCUGUAUAACAUCCUAAUCACACAUAUAUUCUAUUAUACGAGCAAUGAUAGAACCUAAAUAUCCGGUAUAGAGGAUUUAACAUUAUUAUGUUGCCGUUAAUCGGUUGCACUAUAGUUUUUGUUAUAGAUAUAUAUAGAUAUAUAAAAUAAUAAAGAUGUUGGGGUAUAUAUUAUUCCACAAAUUAUAUAUUUAUACUUUUAUUUUGUGCCAACUCAAACGUUAUAUUAAUCGUCAAUUCUUAUUAUAAUAGUCAAUAAUAGUAUAUACAAAUGUUCAAAUAUGAAAACAAUCUUAUUGUUGUUAUAUGAGAAUAAUCUGUGGUGUGUAUAUAUACAUAUAUAUACAUAUAUAUAUCUUCUUUUAUCUUCUCAGAACUCUAAAGAGUAUAAGAUAUUAGUAAAACAUACAAUCUGGAAGGUAACAUUGAAAUUUUAUAUUAUUCAGGCUUAAUUAUUACUUAAAUAGUAUUCAGGCUUAAAGUAAAAAAUGCAUUUUACUUUAUCGGGGAUGCUCUUCAUUUAAACAAUUUCUAUAAACCAUCUAUUUAUACUCUUUGGAAUGAAAUAAAGGUGAAAGAUAUGACGAGGGAAAAUUACUCCUCCAAAUGUACAAGAAAUAAAAAUUACUUUAUUGAUAACAAAUGUA